AUGAGAUACUCCACCGACAUUCUCUCGUUGGGGGAGCUUAGAGCUCCUCUUUCUCCCAUCGUUCCAUUAGACCAGCUUGGCACUGGUGGUUACGAAUCAGCCGGUCCAGCUCAUGCAGAUUCAUCCACUUCAUGCGCGCGCAAGGAUGUUGGAGAGGUAACCGGCGGGAGCUCCAGCAACUUUGGGACCCACAAAGCUUCCCCACAGUCUCAAACAAUCACGGCCACUCGCUCACUGCUUGCUGGUUCCCUGCGAUUCAUCGAGUUCGAUCGCCGGCCAUCCUACAGUUCUAGCGAGGACUACGAUAACACGACAGACAGUUCCGCGGAGGUCACUUCCGACGAAUCGCCUACGACCGAUGACGACGACUUCGCUCUCAGGGCUCUGGCUUUCGCCAAGAUGCGAGCUGCUAGUCACGGCAUGGGCGCGGCUAUGAGCGUGUUCGCCACUUCUCUCCUUUCAGACGAUGUUGAGGAUGAGGAUGUCUCUAGUAGUCGGAUUCAUUCCAUUGCAUUCGAUGUCAUCUCGACGAUCAGCAACGCUCCCCCUGCUCUUGAGCGUCACAUUUUGCAAUUUUCCACUGACUGCUCCGAGGAGGAGGAAUUGACCACAUAUCAGCGGGAUGAAUGUGCCAUGGUUCGAGCCUUCACGAAACGCUGGGCAGAGAACAUGAAGUUCGGAUCGACGUACUGGCAAGGCACGCGGCCACUGCCCUACAAGGAGAUCUCCAUCGCUACCGCUCACUAUCUUACCCUUUACAAGACUGAACAGGCCAUCCGCAACGUGUCCGCCCACCUGAACAUUCCUCCCCCUCUCGAAGUCGACCUACCUGAGCCGCGUCUGUCCUCAGAUCCGGUGCAUGUAGGGCUCGCUCGCUGCGUCGAACGCGGCCGCCUUCUUCCUCGCUUCCCUGUCGGUUACUCCCCUCAACAGGAGCUCGAGAUCAUGCGAUCGGCGCUCAACAAGAAGAUAGCCAAGAAGAACAAGAAGGUACAGACAGUCGAGGUCCGCCUGCUUGCAGGCGCGAAGCGCGCUGCCGGUAAGCAGAAGGAGGCUCAGCAGACUCGUCGCGAACAGUGGGCACACGGGCCGUCCAAGCUUCGACUCGACAUGGGCCUUGAUCCGACUGGGGACGCAGUCGUGAAUGACAGCCCUUAA